CUUGGCCGCCGCCCUCCAGCCGCCCGCUGGGCCAGCAGCGCUCCUGCCCGACGCUGCCGUGCGGCAGAGCCGUUGGACGAGGGUUCGCUGGCCGCGGCGGUCGUCGCCCCAGCGGCUGCGAGAACCUCCGCUGAAGAGCAGCUGCUGCGAUGCGGCCCAGCCCUCGGUGCCCUGCUGCCGGCGCGGUCGCCAGCCGCCAGCUUCCUGUCGCGCGCCGCGACCUCGCGCCAUGCCGCGCUGGCGUCGUUCAUGGGCCUGCCAGCAGGCGUGCCGCCGAUGGUGCUCAGCGCCAGUGAGGAGUGGGACGUGGACAGCGACUUCGGCGCCCCAGCGCGGCCCCCCCCGGGGCGCGCAGGCGCGCCGCCGCCGGCCGCAAGCCAGAUCGUGUGGCUGUGGAGCGAGGGCGACGGCAGCUGGCAGCCUCUCAGGGUGGGGCCGCCGCGCCUCCGGAGCCCGCAGCCGCAGCACUGGGGGCCCUGGGACCUCAGCAUUGCCGGCGACGGCCAGCAGGGCCACGGCCACGCGCGCCACGUCGUCCACUACCUGUCCCCGAUCACCACGGUCUUGCUGGUGUUCAUCAGCGCCCUCUUCGCGGCGCGCCUGGUGCGCGAGAUGGCGGCGGCUCAGCGCGCGGCCCAGGCGGGAGCCGCCAACCAGGACGGCAUAGUCAUCAACAACCAGGAUGGCGUCGUCGUCGAGGUAGACGUCGGGGACCCGCGGGUGGGAGCCGUGACGGUGGAGGCCGCUGGCAUCCAGCCCUUCAGGCCCUUUGGCGGGCAAGGCCACCGGCUCCAGCCCGCGGGCAAGGCCUCGGCGCCGGGCCCGGCGCCUGGCUCGCAGGCGACCGCGGACGGACCGCCACGGCCACCGCCGGGGCCGCCGGGC